AUGCCUCGUGUAGCGAACAAAGCCCACCGCCGCUCGGGCGGAGCGUCCACUCCGCAGAAGCACGCGCCCAUCAAAAUUCCCCUGAACGAUGAUAUGGGGGAGAAAGCAGCGCGCAUGGAGGCCCGGCAAGCGCUCCAUGACCACCAGAUGAACCAGAUCAAAGCCGCAGUCAAGACACCAAUGCCCGCCCGUCGAUAUCGCGAAGGAAGCGACAGCCCCUCAACCCCCCGAGGAUCCACCCAUCGCGGUCGCGAAAGCGAUGUCAGUGGCCGUGGCGUGACGCCAAUGAAGCGCGUACCUAUCCUGGCAAACUUUGAGGAAUGGAUGAAGAUGGCUACCGAUAACAAGAUCAACGCAAACAACUCCUGGAACUUUGCCCUGAUCGAUUACUUCCACGACAUGUCGCUCUUGAAGGAAGGAGACGGCGUCAACUUCCAGAAGGCUAGUUGCACACUCGAUGGAUGUGUGAAGAUCUAUACCAGCCGUGUGGACAGUGUCGCAACCGAGACAGGAAAGCUCCUGAGUGGUUUGGCUGACAGUCGCGACAAGCGCGCGCGCGAUGCUGACGUCGAGGGAGAGGAUGGCGAUGAGGAUGAGGAUGGAGAAGAGGGCGGUGCGCGCAAAUCGCGCAAAAAGACACGCUCUCAUGAGGCUACCCUCGCCCCGUCCUUUAACUCAUUACAACUGAAGAAGUUCGAGCUGGAAUUCGCGGUUGACCCGCUGUUUAAGAAGGCCUCCGCCGACUUUGACGAGGGUGGAGCCAAGGGUCUGCUCCUCAAUCACCUCGCUAUCGAUGGACAUGGAAGAAUCGUGUUUGAUAGCAGUGAUGACGCUGUUGAUGAUAGCUCAAAGACAGCUGAUGGUGAUGGUGAGCAUCAGGAGUCUGCGGGGCCUGAAUCUCAGGCCGAGGAACAGUUGAAACCCACCCAGCAGGCUAGUGAUGCCUUUGAUGACGAUUCUGACAUUGAUCUCACGACCCUCGCGAGUCAGUUCUUCCCUGACCUUGAUCGUCUUGGCGAACAAGACAUCUGCCCAUCACUGAAGAAUUUCGAUCUCGGCGACCCCAGUGGAAACCUGGAUAUUCCUCUCCUCAAAGCCCCCGAGGACUGGAGGCACGACAAGGUCAACGAGGGCGGAGAAGAAGAUCCGUCGGGUAUCAUGCUUGAUGAUGAUAAUGCUGUCGGCUUCGACGACGACGAUGCUACCUUGGGCGGCUUUGACCUGAGCGGCGAUACCGGCUUUGGUGAUGGUGGAGAAGCCUGGGCAAGAGAAGCUGCCCUGGAGCCGAUGCUCAAGGUUCACCGACUUAGCCACGAUGGCCAAGACGCCGAUGGCGAUGAAGCGAUGGAUGACGAGGAUGCAUACGGUAUCUCUAUGUCUCAUCAGCCAAGCAAGCAAGACCACGAAAACAUUCUGAGCUACUUCGACAAUGCGCUCCAGAAGAACUGGGCCGGUCCAGAACACUGGAAGAUCCGGAGGAUCAAAGAUACCACCGCCGCAAAGGACCCGAGCUCAGCACCGAAGCAGCGCAAAGAGAAAGAGCCUUUCGAGAUCGAUUUCUCCGCGCCACUCGACCCUGCCAUUGCCGAUUUGAUCUACACCCCUGCCAGUUCCAAUUCUGCAAUCUCCAUUCCCAAGACGCAAUGGAAGACCAAGGGGCGCAAUCUGUUGCCCGAUGACAAGCAUUUCAACUCGAAGAACUUACUUCGUCUGUUCCUCAAGCCCAAGGCCCGCAUGGGAUCCAGGAAAAUCAUGGGCAGACGAACGCAAAAUGGCCGGCCUGAUCAGAUCUCUGGCCAUGGCGAUAUGGACGAGGCAUUUUGGGCAAAUCACAAGACGGAAGAUACCACCGGUGAUGAAGAGGGCGUUGGAGGUGCCUAUGACGCUAAUUUCUUUGCCGACGAUGAUGGGCUUGCUUUCCCGAAUGGCAUGGACCUUGAUGAUGACGACGACAACCUGCCAUUCGCUGACGCCCGAGAGAUGCUGUCCCCGCCCACGGAUGGUCGUCCAGGAACAGCUGCUGGAAAUGCUACCGGCAUAACCGCGUUGCUCAAUAUGGUUGGCGCCACACCAGGCCGUCCCGGUGCUGGCGGAUACGGAUCACAGCUUGUGACGCAAGGCGGACGCCGUGCACGACCGGACUAUGUCAAUUACGCUCGAGUGGCAAAGAAGGUAGAUGUGCGAAGACUCAAGGUCGAGAUGUGGAAAGGCAUGGGCGAGCGGCUGGUCCCUGCCACUGACUUCAGCUCUGCUUCACAACCUGGAGCAGUCUCAGGCGAGGCCCCUACUGAGCCUGAGAGUGAAUCCGAUGAGCCAGUCCCACCCACUCCCCAGCAGAGUAGCCCAGAACGGCCCUCAGAUCCCAAGCAGGAUGGCCGGUUGCGCUUCACGCAGAUCAUGAACAGCCUCAAGACCGUCUACCCAGCGGAGAUGCUGCGUGAUAUCAGCACAUCAUUCGGCUUCAUUUGUCUACUCCACCUAGCGAACGAGCAGGGUCUCGUUCUGGAGAGCGACAUGGACCAGAUCAACAACGGUGCUAUUAGCCUGGAGGAGAUCUUUGUCAGUCGCGAUUCCCACGCCGUCCUGGAAGAUGGUGGGAUGUGA